AUGUUGCUCUCAAGAGGAUUUGUGGCCUUUAUCAGCGUGUCGUUCGCCAUUAUUGGUGCCGACGCCGCCAAUGACUGGACCAAGCCCUGUUUCGACGGCGAGUGCGCUUAUGAUCUUCCCGAGAGCUCUGGAGGGUCUGGUAUCAUGAAGCUAUUUGGUUCGACGAAGUCCAUCAGCGACAUAACUCCUGCUGCUGGAUGGGUCAUCCUGGAUUGCGACCCGAAUCUACUCGACCAGGAAAUCCGCCUCGUCUGCGAAACCGACGAUGAAGACUCGGGAUGCAACCACGUAUUUGACCACCAUGGCCCCGUUGGCAAGAUUGUGCGACUUCCAGAGAGCUGCGGCGGGGGACCAUUCCUGAGGAUAGCAAGCAUGGCAGUAGCUGAAGACCAAACACUUCCGUCCCAUGCACAAGGGAGAAUCAGCCGUCGAGGGGGCGCUGCUGCUCAAGUCCACGUCGUCAAACUCGAUGGUAACUUCGCCGCCAUCGACGCCGAAAAAGCGGGGGACAUCAAGUUCGCUUUCGUCGGCGCAACGGUUCCGGGCCUUGAUCUGAAUGCAGCAUUCAAUGACAACAUCUUUGGCGACGUUGGUAACUGGGUAAAAGGGGCUGUCCAAACUGUCGCCCAAACCGCCACUGGCGCUGUAAAGGCCGUCGGAAACUGGGCGGGCCAAGCCCUCAAAGACUUCAGCGACCUCCUCAAAAAUAAAACACACUUCGAGAUCAAACCGACCGUCGAGAGCGCCAACAUCUCUCUCAAGGCCGACGUCGACCUCUCAGCUGGGACUCCCCCCACAACGUGCCCCGGCGGGAAACAGGCGAAGGUCAACGUCCAAUUCCACAACACAGGGUCCGUUGUGGUCAAAGCUGGGAUCGUGAUCAUCGGAAACGUGGUUCCGGUUCCCAAUAUUACUGAAUUUGCCGCCUUCGGAGGUAUCAACGGAGACUUCGAUGCUCAUUUGCAUGUCGACCUUGCUAUUUCUGGGGGGUUCACGUUCGAAAAAAAUAUCAUCAAAGAACUGGGUAUCCCAGGAUUGAGCAUUCCUCCAUUGGUCACCGUUGGUCCCUACAUUUCGUUGGAUGCUAAAGCCCAAGGCCACCUCGCCCUCGACUUGACGGCGGACGUCCAUCUUGCCUAUGAAUUCAAGGAUCUAGAGAUGUGGUAUCCCAAGAAAGAGGCCAAGUAUAUGAAGGAGGAUGGCAUCAAGAGCAAGGACAGCGAUCUUAACUUACAAGCCUCCGCCCAUCUGAGCGCCGAAGGGUUUGUUCAAGGAACGCUCACGCCUAAACUCCAUCUCGGUAUCACUGCUAUCAAUGGUGCCGCCCAUGCAAGUAUCUGGGUCGGGGUCGAUGCCUGGGUACGGGCAUCUGUCGUCGCUAAGGCCGAUGCAGCAGUAGGACAUAAGAGGGAUGUCCAAGGCCUUGACUACGUCCCGCCGUAUUCUCAUGGGAUGAGAGAUCUUGUUGGGAGGAACUCGAUUUCCGCCGCCGUCUGUUUGUGGAUCGACGGCGGCUUGCAUGUGAGGGGCGGCGCAGAAGGUGGCCUUCUGUCAUGGAAUGCGCCUGCCGGUGAGCUCUCGCUAUGGGAAAGCCCAGCUUGGGAAAUAUACCACUUCUGCGCACCAAAAACCGCUGGGUUCUCCAAGCCCAAGCACACACUUGCGGAAGUAAAUGCUUUGUCAGGCGGCAUUCGAACGUGUUUAACUGACCAAGAGUUGGGGUCGCCCAUCAAAGAGAAAGUUCCUGCCAAACCUAUGCCAAAGCCAUAG